GAAUGAGGAGGGACUUUUAAGAGUUGGAUUAGAGGGGCUACUUUUUAUGAUUUAGCUCCUUUAACCUGCUGCAAAAUUUAAAAUCAACCAACUGUAAAGAUGAGCAUGUUGAACCUGCAGGAUAACUGGACAGUCAGCUCACUGACAUGACAAUCAUAGCUAUCUGGCUGUUUAAGCUGCUCUAAAAAGAGCUGCUGCUACAUGAGGGAGUUACUAGUGUUGGUCACUUCUACGAUGACUGAACAGCAGGACUAAAAUCCAGAGGGAGUUUAGGGAAGUUCAUCCAUAGGGUUGGAAACUGCUGAAGCCAAAAUGGAAAUUCAUACAUCCCUCUGUUUGGUUUUAAUUGCUAUAACUUCAAGAGUGUGUUCUCAGGUUGGACCUCGGGCCCAUGCUGAAGAGAGGCUACUUCAGAAUUUGUUUGCGCAUUACAAUAAGCUCUCCCGGCCUGUGCAAAACACUUCAGACACAGUGCUGGUCCACUUUGGGCUUUCUAUUGCCCAGCUAAUUGAUGUGGAUGAGAAGAACCAGAUGAUGACAACAAACGUCUGGGUUAAGCAGGAAUGGAAUGAUUACAAACUCCGCUGGAACCCAGAGGAAUAUGAAAAUGUCACCUCUAUACGUAUUCCCUCUGAGAUCAUCUGGAGACCUGAUAUUGUCCUUUAUAACAAUGCCGAUGGCGACUUUGCUGUAACUCACCUUACAAAAGCUCACCUGUUCUAUGAUGGUCACAUCAAGUGGACGCCGCCUGCCAUUUAUAAGUCAUCUUGCAGCAUAGACGUGACUUUUUUUCCCUUCGACCAACAAAGCUGCAAGAUGAAAUUUGGUUCCUGGACCUACGAUCGUGCCAAGAUCGAUCUGAUCAGCAUGGCAAGUGACGUUGACCAGAUGGACUACUGGGAGAGUGGCGAGUGGGUCAUUGUCAAUGCAGUGGGCAAGUACAACACAAAAAAAUACGAGUGUUGUGCAGAAAUCUAUGCCGACAUCACUUACUACUUCAUCAUUCGGAGGCUUCCUUUAUUCUACACCAUAAACCUGAUUAUCCCCUGUCUGCUUAUCUCCUGCUUGACGGUUCUUGUCUUCUAUUUACCGUCCCAGUGUGGAGAGAAGAUCACCUUAUGUAUAUCAGUUCUACUGUCCCUAACAGUGUUUCUCCUGCUAAUUACAGAGAUUAUACCAUCCACAUCCCUGGUGAUCCCCCUGAUUGGUGAAUACCUCCUCUUCACCAUGGUUUUUGUCACACUCUCCAUCAUAAUCACAGUCUUUGUGUUAAAUGUGCAUCACAGGUCACCAAAGACUCAUGGCAUGCCUCAGUGGGUGCGUAGGGUUUUCUUGGAUUUGGUGCCACGUUUUCUUUUCAUGAAACGUCCACCGGGCACAGCGAAACAACACUGCAAGAAGCUGAUUGAAAUGAUGCAUCGCCCAACAGUGAUUUCCACAACAAACAACUCACAGGCUUUUUGGGUCGGACUGGACACAGAGCUAAGACAGAUGACACAGGCAAAAACUCCACAUGACAGCCCUAGAAUCCUUGUGUGCUCACCUUCUCCACCUUCUUCCCCUCAAGUUGACCGCAGUAAAGAUCAUCCAUUGAGUGCUAACAUUUUCCAUAGAUCCGCCUCUGCCAAAUACUCUGUCCUCACAGAAAAGCAUUCCCUACGUGGAUACAACUCUGCAACCAUGUGUGCCUCUCAGUUAUCACUGCCUCCAACUCUGCCCCUGGGCUCACUUCACAACUUGUCUAGUGAACAGCCGAGUACUCUGGCUUUAAAUGGCCGUUCCCAAAGUGCAGAGCAGAUGUGCAACCAGCAUGAGCAGGUUUCACCGAGAUCUGAACAUAUUUGUCGCUCACAGAGCUUCAAAUACCGCUGUUUCCACAAUGAUGGUGUUUUGGGGAGCCCCAGGCAGGUACAAGAAAUGGUUUCUGAAGAACACUUGACCAAAACGGCAACAGCAGUGUCCACCAAAGAAGCAAGCACCCAACAAGAUACUCAGAUUCCAGCAAUAUCCCCCGCUGUGCAACAAGCCAUAGAGGGAGUUCAGUACAUUGCAGAUCAUCUCAAGGCAGAGGAUGCAGACUUUUCAGUGAAGGAGGACUGGAAGUAUGUGGCGAUGGUCAUUGACAGGAUAUUCCUCUGGAUGUUUGUACUGGUUUGUAUUCUGGGAUCCGUUGGACUCUUUCUUCCUCCGUGGCUGGCUGGGAUGAUCUAGCUCUGCUUGGAGGAACAUAAGAACUGACAGGAAGACAGGCUGUCACAUAUUGUAAAAAUGGUUUAUCGUUAAGGUUUUUACUUUCUGUUUAAAGGAACUCCAUGUCUCGGUCUUUGCUCAUAUCCUUUGUUAUCAAAAGGUUACCAGCAGAGUAACAAGAUGAAAUAUCUAUCAAUGAUCCCUGCGGGCACAUAAAUUCUUUAUGAGGGCAAAAGGCCAACAACGAAAAUACCCCUCAGUGCCACUUCAUCUGGACAGCUCAGACUGUCACUUUCUGAUGAAAUAUGUGAAAAAUAGACUUGACCCAUUUUGAAUUCCUGACAACUCCUGAUUGCUAUUUAAGGACCAUAUAAGGUGGGAUACAUGUUUGAGCAGUCUAACAAUGGCAGUGUUACAGUGCCUGGGCAGUGUCACAGCUAACAAUGAACUGAUGUCUUGAAAUAUUCAUGAGAUGCCCAUAAAGUCAUGUUUUUGUGA